AUGAUCGAUGAUGCAGGAUUUUUCUGUCUCAGUCGGCCUUUCUCAGACCAUCGGAAUCAACCGGACCGGAAGCUUACACCCCUAACAUCAAACGAAAUAUCCUAUUGGAUGAAUAGUAAUUUUCAACCAAUCAAAGGGUUGGUUGCAGCUAUUUGCGGUAAGCACUUAUCAAAUAUGGCCGACGCCGGCAGGAUGACGACGAAUGUAGGACUACUAUUUCUUGUGUUUUCCAUUUUAUUGUCCUUUGGUCAUAGCAAGAAGGCUUCAGAAUCAGGUGCUUACAAGCAGAUCAAAAUAGAAAUAGACCUUGGUCCUGAUGGAGCAGAGGCAAAGCGAUUUACUGCAGCAGAACUUCGUGGAUAUGACGGGAGAGAUUCAAAAAAGCCCCUUUUGAUGGCAGUGCGAGGUGUUGUGUUUGAUGUGUCAGAGGGAAAAGAUUUUUAUGGACCAGAUGCAGGUUACCAUGCCCUUGUAGGUCGUGAUGCCAGCCGUGCAAUAGCCCUGUGGUCACUGGAGGAAAAAGACAUGGUCCAUGAUCUGACUGGAUUGAGUGAUGAUUCCCUGAAAGGUUUAGACGAUGUAUUUCUUGGUACCUACAAGAAAAAAUACCCUGUGGUUGGCUACAUGGACUAUCUUAUUGACUCCUACACAGAAAAAACAUUUGAGGACAGGUUUAAAGAAGAUUUAUAGACUGUUAAAUGCUAUGCAAUAUCUAUUAUUUUUUCACAACUGAAUUUUAUUUUUUUGUAUACAAAUUCUAUUUAUACCACACAAUUGUGAUGUUAUUAAAACUGAUGUAUGUAAUUAUACGAUUGUGGAAUUAUCAUGACUGAAUUCUAGGUGACAAAUGAUUUUUGAUAAAGAAAUAUAAAGUAAGGGCUUUUGAGUAUGUAAGGAAGUUCAGAGUGCAAUAUAUUUAUACUAUAGAAUGAUAUUUGGUGAGGAGGUUGUUAGGCUGACUACAACAAACUGAUGAUAGUUGGCCAGACUGACUACAAUAAAAUGAUGCUAGUUGGCGAGAUGGUUGCCAGAAUGUCAAUCUUGGCCAAACAGAUGGGAAGAAUUGAGAAUUGGUUUUUAAUUUUUAAUGAAUUAUAUCCUUUUGGUUAAGAUUUUUAUGUCAGAAUCUCCAAGCUUGAUGCACAUAAUGUAUUUGUUGUAUUCAGCUGAAAUCUCUCUGAUCUUUUUUUUCCCAAUCUGAAUUCAUUCUCCGCCAUGAUAACGUUAAUUAUGCUGUUCCUCAAGGGUUCUUCUUUAACAAGUUGAUCUGUGAUCCAAAUGGAAGUAUUCAGGAAAACAUACUGAAUAGGUAAAAAAAAAAUCAUUAUAUAUUUAUAAUAUGUGAUUGAUAGCUAAUCUAUAUAUGUGUCAUCAGUGCAUUUAUACUUAAUGAUAUCCAUUUAAUCACAGAUACUUUAUUAUUUGUACCCUAAGAAGUUCAUAUUAUGAAGAUAUUUGUUUGUAUGUAAGUCAAUGGUGCUGGAUUGAUGUCAAAUAUUUGUUAAUAUAUUUUGAUACAUUUUGAUAAGGUUUUAAUAUUACAUGAGUUAAUGAGCAUUAUCAAACCCAACGAAACUUAACUGUCAUUCACCAGGGGGUGGAGGCACAACAUCCCACAAUCACUGUCGGUGUCAUUCACCAGGGGGUGGAGGCACAACAUCCCACAAUCACCGUCGGUGUCAUUCACCAGGUUGUGGAGGCACAACA